AUGGAGGAGGAUUUUUAUGCAAGGAUGCAAGCUGAAGGAGAACCUGGUGAAUCUUACAUCCACGCAAAGUCCCAAUUGUGGAGGCGCCUUCAAUUGAAUCAGCAAGAGGACACGAGUCCAGAUAUCAGUGCGAUCUGUAUUGGGCUACACCCCCAUAAUGAGUUCUUUUUGAACUUGAAAAAGCCCAAAAAUAUUGAGGAAUUGCGAGUAACAGUGCGUUUGGCAGACAAAUGCCGUGCCAAUCCUUCAUCAAUGCCAGCCGUAGUCCAACCAAUGACUAAUAUGGGAUUCCAAGCCAAUCCAAGUGAACAACCACAAGUGCAAAUCGUGCACAACACCCACCGUAGAGAGCAACAAGCAUGGGAGGCAAGAAUGAACAAGAUUAUGACACAAAUGGAAAGUUUGGUAUCCAUGCAACAAGAGGUCCUUGAGAGGAUCAGUGAAGAGCCAACAUUGUAUACAGAUCAAUAUUGUCAUGCUGAACAUGCCAUCCAACGAGAUCUUGUUUCCAAAGCCAUAAGGCAAAAUGGUGACACUGGUGCCGAAAGCUUGGGUUUUUGGAGGGGCGGCCAUUGA